CUUUACCUUCAUUUAUACAGUUACCUAAGCCAGGUAGAUGUAAACGUAAGAUUUCAGGUAAUAUGUAUUUGUAUGUGGUUACUAUUGAAUAGUAUUGAAAACCAAUACACUUACUUAGUGUCUUCCCUUUUGUUUAUUAUUGUUUUUCUAAUUGCUUAUUUUGUCAAUGGUGUUUACCUUGUCUCUUGGGGUGUGGUUACUCACCUUACGUACCUUUGUUUACGUUUUCUUGUCAUCUGUCACAUUUUCAUCUUGAUAUCAUCAUCAUACCUUUAAUGUUGCCAAAAAUUAAAUAUUUCUCAUCAUCAAAUUGUUUUUGUUCAUCUUCACAAUAUUAAUAUAAUUAAUAUUUUAAUCCUUUUUUAAUGAAUGGAAAUCAAAUAUUUCCAGUUAAUGUCAUUCAUGUGGCAAUCAUUACAAUCUAUUAAUUAACUGUGAUCAUUGAUUAAUUGUUGUUCAUAUCGUUUUGUUUUUCUUCAAUUAAAUUACAAUUACUAUUGGAUUAUUAUUCAUUCAUUCAUUCAUUGAAUUGAUCAAUUUGUUUACUGCUACUAAUUGUACUUGGAUUACCAAUCGACACCAACGCUUCGAACUUGAUUUAGAACUUUUUCUUCUUGUUCGACAAUUGAAUUCGAACCUUGAUCUCUCUCCUACCUGUUGAUCUUGUAAAUUUCUUUAAUCAACUCUCAAUGUGAAUAAAUCAGUUUUCUCAUCUCAUCUGUGUUCAUCAAUUUGAUCCAUUAAUCUCUUAAUCUAUUAAUCUCUUGUCAACAUCCAGCACAAAUAGACACUCAAGUAUAUGGAUGUGCUUGUGUGUAAACAAUUACAAUGGGUCAUCCUGUUUAUCUUGACAAUUUACUUGACCAGGAUCAGUUCAAGUAGUGAGAUUAACUAUAAGGAACAAUGUAAACCAGUAAAAAAAUCAGAACCAAUUCAGGUGAUUGGUGAAAAUUCCGAUAUUUAUCUGACCAGUUUACUUGAUGUCCACGAGUCAUCAUCUCGAGGUAUCUAUGGAUGCGGUAAGAUUAAGGAUAAAUCAAUAAUCAUCUUUGAAUCAAUGAGAUGGUUAAUCUCAUUGAUUAACCAAGAUAAAGGUUUACUAAAUGGAUAUCAAGUUACCCAAUCAUUGAUUCCCGGUGUUAAAUUGGGUAUGAGGGUUUACGAUACAUGUAAUCAUCCUGAAUUAGGAACUCAUCAUUUAACCAAAAUAUAUCCAGUUCUUGAGAGAGGGUCAGAUGAUUGUGAGGAUGACACUCCUCUUGAUCUUAACUCAUUGUCACUUAUUGACAUGGUUGGUGUUUCAAAGGAUCAUCGGAUUGUCACCUUAACCCGACAUUACCAUUUACCUAUUGUGUUACUCAAUUUAAACCUUUUCAUCCCACCAGAGAUGAUUACGGAAACACUAACCCAAACAAUUAACGAUUUAAAAUGGACUCAAAUUGCAAUACUUCAUUCACUUGAUGAACAUUCAUUACAAACACUUAAAUUAUUGGGUCAAGCUUCACUUAAGGAUAACUUUUGCUUGACCAUGGUCUCGGGUUUACCUAAUCCAAUUUCAUCAUCAUCACAUGAAAAUAAUGAUGAUGAAGGUAAUACAAGUAAGGAAAGUGAUCAAUUUACAUCCUCAUCUUAUCUGACAAUUAUUAAGACAAUGAUCUCAUCGAUACCAGAAAAUGUACCAAUCUUUGUGAUCGUCAACGAAGCUUCAGUUAAACAUUUAUUCAACAUAAUGUCCAAUAAUCUUGCGAUUAUAUCUCGACAUCAAUUCAUUUUUACCUCAUUACCUGAUCCACAAUUGUUGUUACCCUUUCACAAUAGUUCAGUCAAUUUUUUCACUCUCUCACCAUAUCCUGGGGCAAUUGAACCUUUCGAGAGACACUGGCAGUCAAUUAAGAAUCAAUUAGGUGCCAUAAGAAAGUACACUUGGCUUUAUGAGUACAUUUUAACGGUAACAAGUAAAUCGAGUUCAGGAUUUUAUCGUAACGAAUCACCAUUAUCAAUGCUCUGGCGUUCCUAUCAGGUAACACCAAUGAUUCAUACACUUUUCAUCCUGGUACAAGGUUUACGAACUGCUUGGUACAAUAAAUGCUCAGGUAAACCAGGUUUAUGUCCAGCAUUGGCUAAAAUGUCAAGGAAAGAGUUUGAAACGGAUUAUCUUGGUGACCUUAGGGUAGAGGAUAAAGUUUUCCGGGAAUUAAGGGAAAUGAGAUUGGGAAGAUCAAAGGAACCAAUGACUGGAGAUUGGAUUCAUUUGGCAAUUACUAAAUUACACUUUAAUGAUCCAAGUGAUAUUCAUUAUUCACAUAUGAUUGCCUACGAUUCAGCGACCGGUAAACGUCAAAUUAUCAAUCCUCAUGUUAACUAUAAACCAUCACCUUGUCCAUCAACAGGAUGUCAAGGAUGUAUCAAGAUAAGACAAUCAAGAUUGGUUCCGUCAGAUAAUUCAUCAUCUUCAUCUUCAUUUUUAUCACCAUCAUCAAUUUCAUCGGCUUCUUCCUCAUCUUCAGGAGGAGGAGGGGGUGGUUUAAGUUCAUCAUUAGAUUCAUCCGGAUCAGCAACAUCUUUCACACGAUUUGAUAUACUUAAAGGAGGAGAUAAUAUCAAUUACUCAUCCAUUGAUUCUGAAUGUUAUGCUCGAUGUGUUUGGGAAUCAGAUCACUCAUCUCAUGCUCAUCGAUUAGGUUCAUCAUCCGGUUAUGAUGAGAGCCCCUUUCAAAACAAUCACUUAAAUGGUAAUAAUAAUAAUUGGGAUACCCGAUUUGAAGCAAUCAAUGUACCCGCUGGAUGGUAUUUAACUUUAGCCGUUAUUUCAGCUCUUGGUGUUAUCCUUAUAAUCACUGGGGCACUUUAUUUCCGACUCUUGUUUCCUGCCACCUCAGGUACAACUCUAAUGGGCUAUUUAACUUUGGUCGGUGUGGUUAUAUUAUUUACCGUUAACUUUGUCUAUCUGAUACCUUCAUCGUUUACGGUUUGUGUUCUUCGUCGACUUGGAAUGCCCUUCGGGUAUUCCCUUAUUUUGGCCUCGCUGUUGGUUAAAGUUUUAAAUAUUCGCCGCUACUCAAAAUUGACCGAUUCCGGUUCAGCUAAACAGCUUCGCCUUUCAACCCCAGGAAGGGUUCUAAUGGUCGCAUUGGCACUUUUCUCACUCCAGGUUAUUCUUACUGGUAUCUGGUUGUUCAUUAUCCCACCAAGACCCAAUCUCGACCUGAAUACCUGCUCCUGGCCUCCGUCUAAUAGUAACCUUAUUAGGACGGAAUCGUUAAUCUCAUUGGUCUAUCUUAUUAUACUUAAUAUUGUUACUCUGAUAUUUUCACUUUUUACCUGGAAUAAUGUUGAAAAUUAUCGGGAGCCCCGUUGGAUUGCGUCAACUUGUUUAUUAAUUGCACUUAUCUGGUCAACCUGGAUUCUAGCGGCCAGUUAUUCACCUUUAUUUCAAUCUCACAGUAAUUUAACCAUAGUCUGUGCCAACCUUUUAUCGGCUUUGGUUAUAUUAAUGUGCCUUUAUGUGCGUAAGCUUAAAAUUUAUCUUCGAGUACCAAUGAAGACCAAAAGUGGAGCCUCAGGCCGAACAUCGUCCCAAUUGGGUUUACACAAUUCAUCAUUUUCGGGAUCAUAUUAUGGGACAUUACCCAAGAAUCAGAAAUUAGCAAUUUCAUUGUUCAAUGGAGGUGCCACUCCGGGAGCGGCAAAUGUCCCUGGUGCCGCUGGUACAUCGGGUUAUCUUCGCCCUGGUUCAUCGAGAAGGUCAACUUUGGCUUCCUCUUUCUUUAUUCCUUGGUCACCAAUAUUCAAGGGUCGAUUUGGUGACAAUGGUAAUCACGGUGAUCAUCAUUCGGACGAUGGUCAAUCUUCCUGUGCCUCAACCUCAGGAUCUAUUCAAGUACAAGCCGAAGAUCUUUACCCAAUGGACGUUUACGAAGAUGCUGAUUCUGUACAACAAUAUCAUUACUAUUCGACUCACCAAUAGUCAUCAUCAUCAUCGAAUGUUAAUCGAAAGUUGAUCUAAUUAUCUUUUCAAAAAUCGAACCAAAAAUAAGAAAAAAACACUCAUACACAAUAAUUUAAAAGUCGAAUGUGAUUCUGAUUGGAAAAUGAUUGAACGAACUUAAGAAAAAAAAAGAAAACAAUCAAAUAAUUGUUGAUAGAUCAGAAAUUUGUUCCUUCACAUUAAUCACCAUUAAUCAUGAUCAUCACCAUGAACUUUAUCAGGAGAAGAAGAAGAAGAAAAAAAAAUGAGAAACAAUUUGAUGAUUAACUUGGAAAUUGCCAUUUACUUUUCCGGAUUUGGAAACUCAUGGAAAUAACUUUCUCAUGAUAAAAGAAAGAAAAACAAAAUCAUGAUUAACGCCUGAUUAAUGAUGAGAUAACGAUAAUCACCCUGAAAUCCAUGAUGAAACAAUCAGCUUAUGAUGAAGAUUAUUUUGUUUGUUUGUAUUUCCACAAAAAUUGUCACCAUAAAAUUUGCCAUUUUCAAGAUUGUUCAACUAGACGAGACUGAUGACAAUUUAAAUAUCUCUUCAUUUGACCUUUCUAAUUAGUCUCUUAAUUAUCAUCCUAAUCAUCAGCUUAAUCAUCAUCUUAAUCAUCAUCUUAAUCAUAAAUAAUAAUCACUAUUUUCUGGUCUUUUUCUGGGCGCUUUCUGUUUGGAGUAAACAAAAAAACUAUGUCAACAAUUGAAUUAAGAGUAAAUCAAAUUAACUCAAUCACUUAACUGUAUUAACCAGAUUCAAAUAUUUUUCAUUCAAUUGUAAUAGUUAAUUUAACUGAUGCCUAAUAAUUAUCAUUAAAUUGUGAUUUGAAUCAAUUUUUUACCCUCAACAAGCAAUUGUAAAAUUAAAAUAAAUUGUUCAAACAAUCAUAGUUAUUGUAAUAAUAAUGAUAAUCAAAUGUGUAUAAAUGUGUUUACAAUAAACAACAAUUAAAGUAAACAGAAA